UUAAGGAGUCACAGCGCUAAUUCCUCCAUUUUCUAGAGAUCAGUAGCUGAAGAACAUGUCUCGCCCGACUAUGUUCCUUGCGCUGACAACACACAGCUGCUGUCCGAUGCGGUUAGAUCUUCGGGUCAAUUGAGUCCUUUCGAAAAUGCAGACUGCAGAAGAGUAUCGCUGGACAACGUGGUUAGCGGUGAAACAGCGUCACCGUUGUUGGCCGUGCAAAAGCGGUCGCCCCAAACGCUCCUAAAUUCUGUAUUCUCUCCUCAUCACAAUGACAAUGAAUCAUCACCAUCAUCUUCAGAGCUUUUCGUCACGAAAAUCCGCGUCUCUGCUACCGCCGCCGACCAGAAACAAAGCAACCAAUCGAAUGCCAUGGCAGAACAAGAAACGACUGUCUCUCUUUCUGCAAGAACUUCCGUCGAUUUUGACACGGCACCUUUGCUGAAGUUCGAUGCCUAUGACGAAGAGACAUCGUCAAUGGCUCCGACCGCCAGUGAUCCCCUUCCGAAGCAGGAACAUGACAAAGAACUGUCCUCUCAUAUUCCAAAAUUUCCUUCUUCGUCCCAUAUGCCCGUUCCAAGGUUUUCUGCUUCCCAACAAUCGCUGGAAAAGCGAAAGCUGAAAUCUAUUCAUAGUUCGUCGAAAAUUCCGACAAAUCCAAGUCUGGGUCUCGCGUACGUUCGAACUUCAGCACCUGUAGCGGCGCCGUUGACAACAUCUCUUGACUCUGCCUCCUCUCUAAAGUCUCAUCCGACACCAGUUGCCGAAACAGGCAUUCCUCAGUUGACCAGUUUCAAACUGUUCACUACGACUACCCAAAACCCGACGGCAUCAAAAGAUCCCAUUCCGAAGCAGUCGACGUCAUCGUCAAAGAUCAGUUCCCUGCCAAGACCGCUUGGUGUAGAAGUUGUUCCUGACUCGACCUCGGUGAGUUCUCAUUGA